CCACCCAAAACCCACAAACGGCUUUCUGGUCCCACAUCAUCCACUCCGGCGCCACUUGCUUCCUAGCUAAUGGCCUCUCGUCGAGACGAACCAACUGAAACUCCCCUCGGCGCAAGUCCGUCUCUGAUACAAUACAAGUUGGGACAAAAAUGCUGAGCAGCAGGACAGUAGUGGCAGUCGCCUCAUCCUCCUCUUUCCUCCCACUCUCUCAUCCUGCUGCUGCUUCCACUUCCUCUUCCGCCUCCGCCGCCGCCGCCAGUUACCCGUUUUUGAACAGACGGCUGGCAUUCUCCCAAUGCCACACCAAUCGUGAUCGCAGCAUCAUCCCAAAGCCACAACGCAGCAGGGUUAUGGAGGGUUUCAAGACUCGGGCGGCAGCAGCGGCGCCGCAAUUGGAGGACGCCGACGCACUCAUCGACUCCGUCGAGACCUUCAUCUUCGAUUGCGAUGGGGUUAUAUGGAAAGGAGAUAAGCUGAUCGAUGGAGUACCCGAGACGCUUGAUAUGCUCCGCUCCAGGGGGAAGAGGUUAGUGUUUGUGACCAACAAUUCUACCAAGUCGAGGAAGCAGUACGGCAAGAAGUUCGAAACUUUGGGUCUCAACGUGAAUGAGGAGGAGAUUUUUGCGUCGUCGUUUGCCGCCGCUGCUUACUUGAAGUCCAUUGAUUUCCCCAAAGAUAAGAAGGUUUAUGUAAUUGGUGAGGAAGGGAUCCUGAAGGAGCUUGACAUUGCUGGAAUUCAGUACCUUGGUGGCCCGGAGGAUGGUGACAAGAAGAUUGAGCUAAAGCCAGGGUACUUUCUGGAGCAUGACAAAGAUGUUGGAGCAGUUGUGGUUGGAUUCGACCGUUAUUUCAACUACUACAAAGUCCAGUAUGGAACUCUUUGCAUAAGAGAAAACCCUGGAUGCCUCUUCAUUGCCACAAAUCGUGAUGCUGUCACUCACCUCACAGAUGCUCAGGAAUGGGCAGGUGGUGGUUCUAUGGUUGGUGCUGUUCUUGGAUCCACUAAACAGGAGCCAUUGGUUGUGGGGAAGCCAUCGACUUUUAUGAUGGAUUACUUGGCCAAAGAGUUCGGGAUUACCAAGUCGCAGAUAUGCAUGGUUGGGGACAGAUUGGACACAGACAUUCUAUUUGGACAGAAUGGUGGCUGUAAAACUCUUCUUGUACUGUCAGGUGUGACCUCAUUGUCAACGCUCCAGAGCCCCACCAACUCCAUCCAGCCAGAUUUCUACACCAACAAGCUAUCAGACUUCCUGUCUCUGAAAGCUGCAGCCGUAUGAUUGAUUGCAGCAGAGCCCUUCCUUUCCUCUCUGGCGUUGCAGAGUAAUUCGACCUUUGUAUUGUAGAUAACGAUUAUCGUUCAAACAUAGAUAGUCUUUGCCUCUGGGUUGCCUGUAUGUAUGUUAUUUUGCCUCUGGAAACUCGAAGCAAGAGGAUAAUUGUGGUUCCAUCUUGUUUGUGGUUGUUGAUUAAAAGAGCUAUUCGCCCAUGUUCAAAUGCCUGAUCACCGGAGGUGUAGCUCCAAUUCAACAAGAGCAGCCUUUUCCUUUCCAAGUAAUUGUGGCAAUGUAUCUCAUCAACUGUAUUGGUUCUUCCUCCAGUGGUCUUGUUAAGGAAGUUGUAGCAAAAAGAUGCGGUAUUGGGGGCAUUUGCCCUAUAUGUGCAAAUAAAAAUCGGGCGAAUCCUUACUCGGAGUAGAGUGCAAACCUAAAAGAAUUGAAAAACCCCAUUCAGGAACAAGAAAACGCCAUCGUGAUUUCACUCGGAUCUCGAUGAAAGACUCAAUCAAUGAGAAGCUAGUUUGAGAAGUUUAGUAAAAUUUUUUUAUGGCUAAACGGGGCAAAACUUAUU